AUGGUCGCGCGUGGACGGGGAGCUGGCACUUGGGCGUCUGAGCCGCGCUCGGACUCGGACAAGACGCGACCGCUACUGGCGCAGUCUGUUGGGUCGUCCGUGGGCUCGACGUCCAGCUCCAGCCGCGUGCGCGUCAACCACUGGCAAAGUCUCAACGUGCCGCAGUCGUACGAGACCAUCUACAACACUCUAUCAAAUUAUGCUCCAGCCAGUGUCGUGGCCGUUGGCGGACUCUCGCUGCUCCUGAGUGUGUUCGUGCUGAUCCACACGCAGCGUCUCGUGAGCACAGCUGACUAUCGCCCCAGUUCCCUGAGCACGACGAACUUUGUCGCUCCAUCGACUGGGCGCCACGUUUACGCUGAUGCGCGCAAUUGCACGGAGAUGUGGAUCACGCAGCGGAUUGACCACUUUUCUAACUUACCUGCGACUUAUAAGCAGAGAUAUCUGUUGAACACGCAGUUCUGGGAUCCAAAGGACAAGAUGGCGCCCGUGUUCUUUUACACGGGCAAUGAAGGGGACGUGACGCUCUACGCCAACCACACGGGACUGAUGUGGGAAAACGCACAGACUUUCAAAGCGCUCGUCGUGUUUGCUGAACACCGUUAUUACGGCAAAAGCUUUCCCUUCGGAGACGACUACAUGCAACACCUGGCCUACCUCACGCAUGACCAGGCACUUGCCGACUAUGCGGAGCUGAUCUAUCAUUUGCAGAAGAAACAUGACGCUUUCGAUCACCCUGUUAUCGCGUUUGGAGGAAGCUAUGGAGGCAUGCUUGCAGCAUGGUUCCGUAUGACGUAUCCAUCCAUCGUCGCAGGCUCCAUCGCGGCUUCUGCUCCCAUUUACGGCUUCGAUGGCUAUCCAAACUUUGACGGCCAAAAGUACUGGCAAGUGGUGACACGGGACGCAUCACCUGCUGCAGGAUCAGCGAAAAACUGUGUACCCAACGCCCAACAGGCAUGGCCACAACUGUUUGAGCUAGCCAAGACUGAGAGUGGACGUGCAACGCUGAGUUCAUUGUUCAGGUUGUGUCAGCCGCUAACGCACAAGGAGCAAGGGGUCGACCUUGCAAUGUCGGUGUUGUUCGCCUUUGACACUAUGGCCAUGGGGAAUUUCCCGUAUCCGUCCAGCUACCUUACGGAAGGCGCUGUAGAGCUUCCAGCUUGGCCUGUUCGUGAAGCUUGCUCGCAUCUUGCCGGCGACGUUUCCUCGACAUCGUUACAACCGAACGAAAGUGUGACGAAUACGACGCUGCUGGAGGCGCUGCGCGACGCUGCCAAUGUGUUUUAUAAUGCCACGAAAGACGUGACGUGUUUUACGAUUCCCACGCAAUGGGACUACGAUGGUAUUUGGGACUACCAGUACUGCACCGAGAUGCUGCCACAGGAAACGUACUUCAGCACGAACGGCAGGACGGAUAUGUUUUGGCCGCGCAGUACCACGUUCGAGGACAUUCGUGAAGACUGUCAGCGGGACUGGCACAGGACGCCCGAUCCGUAUGGCAUUCGCGUGCGUUACGGCGAUUCCAUGCUGCGGUCAGCAUCCAACAUCGUAUUCAGCAAUGGCCAGCUGGACCCGUGGAGCAGCGCCGGCGUGCUGCACGCCCCUGAGGACGCAAAGGUGACGAUCGUGGACAUUGCCGAGGGUGCCCAUCACGUGGACCUGUUCUUCAGUCACCCGGACGAUCCUCCAUCCAUCGUUGCUGCACGCGAGACUGAGGUCAAGAUGAUACAUGCGUGGAUCGACGAGUACGUCUCAUACAAGCAGUAA